AUGAAAAACUGGGUCUGCGAUUCGGGGCAGAAACUGGAAGUUUUCAUCCCUUUUCUGGGCAAGUACCGUCCGCUCUUGGGGCGUUGCUGCCAGACCUGCACCCCGAAGAGCUGGGAUGGAUUCUACCACAAGCAUCUCUCCUCUCUCGGCUUCCGCGACGCCAUCCGGGUGACGGAGGAGGACACACGGUACCGGGGCUGGCUGGUCCGAAGGGUCUGUGGUUUCCUCGCUGUCUGGGACUGGAAAGUUCCUGCGGACACCCCCAGAGACCUCCCGGCCAGGAUCUGCUGCAGCAGGAGGGUACGGGACGUUGCUACCGGCCGGUCCCGUGGCUCGAGAGGGGAUGGCCCAUCCCACCGGCGGUGGAAGGAGAAAAUACUCGAGAUCCUGGCUGAAAUCCAGGCCCCGCUCUCCCUCCUCAUGCUGAGGCUGUGCAACUGGGCUCUGCUCAAGCUCCUGAACCGCCUCUUCCUCGGCGUGCAGCUCCACCGAGGGCAGCUGGAGAUGGUGCUGAGGGCCGCCAGGACGUCCAACGUGCCGCUGGUUUUCCUCUCCACCCACAAAUCCCAGCUGGAUGGGCUGCUCCUGUCCUUCCUCCUCUUCUCCCAGGGGCUGGGGGCGCCCAGGGUGACGGUGGGCAGCCAAGCCUGCAGCCCUCGCCUCCGAGCCUUGCUCACCCGCCUGGGAGCAAUUUUCCUGCCUUCAAGGAUGGAGCAGGCGCCGAGUGACCAGGAGGAAGGGCUCCUGGGGGCUGUCCUGGCCACAUACGUGGAGGAGGUGCUGAGGAGCCGCCAGCCUCUGCUCAUCUUUCUGGAGGAGCCCCCGAUUGCCCUGCGCCUCUCUGCCCCUGCCCAGCAGUGGCUGGCCAUGGUGUACCGAGCCGUGCGGGAUGGCGCCGUCCCCGACGUCCUCCUGGUCCCUGUGGGCAUCGCCUACGACGUGAUCCCCGGCGGUUCGCAGCAGGAGGGAGCGUGCGGCGUGCAACCCCUCGGCCUCGGCGCUUGCCUCUGGGCAACGUGUGGGGCCCUGCGCCGGAACCGUGGCUGCGCCCGGGUGGACUUCGCCCAGCCCUUCUCCUUGCAGGAGUUUGCGGCCAAAAACCUCGUUGGACAGAGCUGCAGGGGGAAGUGGCUGGAGGAACUGCUGCUGCCCACCAUCCUCGGCACGUGCCCCAGCCAGCUGGAUGCCAAGGCGACAGAGGUUUGGAGUCCCGGCCCCGCGACGGCCACCGGUUUAGGGGUAGAAGAGGAAAUAUUGGUGACCAAGCUGGGCCUGCACUCCCUGAGCGAUGGCGUUGCCUGCUCUGCCGUCAUGGCCGUGGGGAUCACGGCCGCGCUGCUGUUGCACAAGCACCGAGAGGGCGUUUUCCUCUCCCGGCUGAUGCGGGACUUCGCCUGGCUGCUGGAGGAGAUCCUGCUGCGCCAGCGCGACGUGGGCUUCUCGGGGCAGCUGCGUGCCCUGGUGCAGCACAGCCUCACCCUGCUCCGAGCCCGGCUCACCCUCUACCACCUCGCCCCCAUCGGUGAUGUCCUGGUGGUCCCCGAGGCCUCAGCGGUGGCCCUGAGGGAGCUGGGCCGCCACAGCGCUGCCGUCCUGCCCGUCUUCGCCAGCGAGGCAGUGGGAGCCUGCGCCAUCCAUGCCUUGCUGAUGGAGAUGCUGCCCUUCCUGGGGGUGACCGUCGGGCCCUCCAGCAUCGUGUUCAGCCAGGACGAGCUGCACCGCAAGACCCUGGAGCUGCUCCUGCUGCUGCCCCUAAAUCUCCUGGGGCUCCAGGUAGGGGCUGGCGGCGCGGGGUGGCACUGCCAUCACGUGGAAGUGGCCUGUCACCGCUGCCUGCCUGGCAGGGGAGAGUCCAGCCCCUUUCCUCCUCUCCCCCAGCCCUGCCAGCCCCUGGACUGCCUGAGCCAGGACAUCGUGGACAAGCUGCUCCUCUGCGGGCUGCUGGAGGCUGAAGAGCCGGAGAGCGAGCGCUGGGUCUGCGACUUGGCCCCGUGGCCCUUCCGCAGUCGGUGGCCCUGGGCAGGGAUGGACUUCACUGACAGCGACAGUGACAGCCAGGACGAGGUCCCUAAGCGCUGCUUCAAGCUCAGCGAGCCCCAGGGCUCUCCUGGCCUCCUCCUCUUCCUCUGCCGGCUCCUGCGCCCCGUGCUGAGGACCUACGCCAGAGCCGUGGCUUUCCUGGACGGACCCAGCUGGCCCCAGCCCGAGCCAGCCUACGUUGAGGCGCUGUUGCAGUUUCUGAGCGAGGAGGAUGCUUUCGAGCACCCGGACAGGAGCCUGGCCCUCAGCUCCCUCCAGACCUUCAAGGAGAUGGGGGUGCUGGAGGAGGUGUGGACCCCUGCCGGCCCCCUGCUCCGCCUCGCCCAGCCCUUCCAGUCCAGCGCCAGCCGGGGCAAGCUGGAGGCCUUCAUCCAGCAGUUUACCUGGCCGUAGCUGCCGGUGCCGUACCGGUAAAGCUGGGAGACACCGAUAAAGCUGGGAG